AUGGCGAAAAAAUGUACUGCUUGUGGCAAAUUUUGCGCGACAAUAGAUGGCGCAAAAUGUAAUAAGUGCAGUGCAAUUUAUCACAAACAAUGCAUGAAUAUUAGUCCCGGUUCUCGAAAUAUAUCCAAAUGGAUGUGUAAGGAAUGUAUGAACAAACAUGACCUACCUGUUAUCACCGACCUAUCCCUUCCCGUUGGCGACGAGGCGAAAAAUAAACAAAAUUCACCAGAACAAUUUCAAUCACCGUCACUCGUAGAUGAGAUCAAACUCCUGCGAUCCGAAUUAUCUGGUCUUCGGCUGGAUAUGACGAGUUUUACAGCUGCUAUCCAUGAAUUUAAUAAGAGGUUGGGGGAUGUCGAAGCUAGGCUGUUGAGAUUGGAAAGUCAGGAUAUGCAGGCUUCCAGUGAGCAUACUUCGGCUGCCAGCAGCGAUGCCAUUGCGAAACUUGAGGCCCGCUUGAAUCAGUCUGAGCAGGAAAACCUACUCAACGAUGUGGAAGUAACAGGUGUAGUUGAGUCCAGUAAUGAAAACCCUAUACAUGUAGUGAUUACGCUGGCACAAAAAAUAGGGGUCGAGUUGAGUGAACAUGAUAUAGUAUCUGCUAAACGCGUUGGUCUACGUCGUCAUCAAAACACUAUCCAGAGUUCUAACGUCACUUCAAAACCACGCGCGAUUGUCGUUCGCUUAUCUAGACGGCAUCUGCGAGACGAGCUUCUACGCGCGGCGCGCGUGCGACGCGGCGCGGACACGGCCGGUACUGGGAUAGGCACAACAACAAACCGGUUUUAUAUAAAUGAACAUCUAACUCGUACGAAUCGCAAUCUGUUCUAUUUAGCACGACAAAAGGGACAUGAUUGGCGUUUUAUAUGGACUAGGGGUGGUCGAAUAUAUGCUAGAAAAGACUCUAAUUCAAGAAUUUGUUAUAUACAAUCAAUAGGGGAUAUAGAUAGUGUUUUUGGUAAAGAUUAA